GCGGCGACCCGCCUGCCAUGGCCCGCGCCCCCGGGCCCGCCACCCUGCGCGCGCCGCCCCCUUCGCCCCGGGGGCGCAGCUGAUCCCGGAAUCCGAGGCGUGGAGCCGGCGGGGCGCGGGGUCCCUCUCCACGCCGGCUUCGGGGACACGCGUCACCCCCGCAUCUCUGCCUGGGACGACCCAGCUGCCCGGCUACGUCCAUGCCAAGGGCUCCCUGCUCCAUGCUGACAUGGCUGACGGCGCCUUACCACCCUCAUCUGCAGCAGCCCCGGCCCCUGAGCCAGGAAUCACUGAGCAGCCAGGGCCCCGGAGUCCCCCUCCGUCCCCUCCUGGCCUGGAGGAGCCACUGGAUGGAACCAACCCUGAUGUCCCACACCCAGACCUGGCACCUGUUGCCUUCUUCUGCCUGCGCCAGACCACGAGCCCCCGGAACUGGUGCAUCAAGAUGGUAUGUAACCCAUGGUUCGAGUGUGUGAGCAUGCUGGUCAUCCUGCUGAACUGUGUGACCUUGGGCAUGUACCAGCCAUGCGACGACAUGGAAUGCUUGUCAGACCGCUGCAAGAUCCUGCAGGUCUUUGAUGACUUCAUCUUCAUCUUCUUCGCUAUGGAGAUGGUGCUUAAGAUGGUGGCCCUGGGCAUUUUUGGCAAGAAGUGCUACCUUGGGGACACGUGGAAUCGCCUGGAUUUCUUCAUCGUCAUGGCAGGGAUGGUUGAAUACUCUCUGGACCUUCAGAACAUCAACCUGUCAGCUAUCCGCACUGUGCGUGUCCUGAGGCCCCUCAAAGCCAUCAACCGUGUACCCAGCAUGCGGAUCCUGGUGAACCUCCUGCUCGACACGCUGCCCAUGCUGGGCAAUGUGCUCCUGCUCUGUUUCUUCGUCUUCUUCAUCUUCGGCAUCAUUGGCGUGCAGCUGUGGGCGGGCUUGCUGCGGAACCGCUGCUUCCUGGAGGAGAACUUCACCAUACAAGGGGAUGUGGCCCUACCCCCUUAUUACCAGCCUGAGGAGGAUGACGAGAUGCCCUUUAUCUGCUCCCUGUCGGGGGACAACGGCAUCAUGGGCUGUCACGAGAUUCCCCCACUGAAGGAGCAGGGCCGAGAAUGCUGCCUGUCCAAAGAUGAUGUGUAUGACUUUGGGGCGGGGCGCCAAGACCUGAACGCCAGCGGCCUCUGCGUCAACUGGAACCGCUACUACAACGUCUGCCGCACGGGCAAUGCCAACCCGCACAAGGGCGCCAUCAACUUUGACAACAUCGGCUAUGCCUGGAUUGUGAUCUUCCAGGUGAUCACGCUGGAAGGCUGGGUGGAGAUCAUGUACUACGUGAUGGAUGCACACUCUUUCUACAACUUCAUCUACUUCAUCCUGCUCAUCAUAGUGGGCUCCUUCUUCAUGAUCAACCUGUGCCUCGUUGUCAUAGCGACCCAGUUCUCGGAGACCAAGCAACGGGAGCACCGGCUGAUGCUGGAGCAGCGCCAGCGCUACCUGUCCUCCAGCACGGUGGCCAGUUACGCCGAGCCUGGCGAUUGCUAUGAGGAGAUCUUCCAAUAUGUCUGUCACAUCCUUCGCAAGGCCAAGCGCCGUGCCCUGGGCCUCUACCAGGCUGUGCAGAACCGGCGUCAGGCCACGGGCCCGGGGACACAGGCCCCUGCUAAGCCUGGGCCCCAUGCUAAGGAGCCCAGCCACCGCAAGCUGUGCCCACGACACAGUCCCCUGGACCCCACCCCCCACACUCUGGUGCAGCCCAUCUCUGCUCUUCUGACCUCUGACCCUAGCAGUUGCCCACGCUGCCAGCAUGAGGCAGGCAGGCGGCCCUCAGGCCCAGGCAGCACAGACUCAGGCCAGGAAGGCUCGGGCUCUGGUGGCUCCGCGGAGGCUGAAGCCGACGGGGAUGGACCCCAGAGCAGUGAGGAUGGGGCCUCCUCAGGCUUGGGGAAGGAGGAGAAGCAGGAGGAUGGAGCAGCCCGACUGUGUGGUGAUGUGUGGAGAGAGACACGAGCCAAGCUGCGGGGCAUCGUGGACAGCAAGUACUUCAACAGAGGCAUCAUGAUGGCCAUCCUGGUCAACACUGUCAGCAUGGGCAUCGAGCACCAUGAACAGCCUGAGGAGCUGACCAACAUUCUGGAGAUCUGUAAUGUCGUCUUCACCAGCAUGUUUGCCCUGGAGAUGAUCCUGAAGCUGGCUGCCUUUGGGCUCUUCGACUACCUGCGAAACCCUUACAACAUCUUUGACAGCAUCAUUGUCAUCAUCAGCAUCUGGGAAAUCGUGGGACAGGCGGACGGAGGCCUGUCGGUGCUGCGCACCUUCCGGCUGCUGCGGGUGCUGAAGCUGGUGCGCUUCAUGCCGGCGCUGCGGCGCCAGCUCGUGGUGCUCAUGAAGACCAUGGACAACGUGGCCACCUUCUGCAUGCUGCUCAUGCUCUUCAUCUUCAUCUUCAGCAUCCUUGGGAUGCAUAUCUUCGGCUGCAAAUUCAGCCUCCGCACAGACACAGGAGACACAGUCCCCGACAGGAAGAACUUUGACUCCUUACUGUGGGCCAUUGUCACAGUGUUCCAGAUCCUCACGCAGGAGGACUGGAACGUUGUCCUCUACAAUGGCAUGGCCUCCACCACUCCAUGGGCUUCCCUCUACUUUGUUGCCCUCAUGACCUUUGGCAAUUAUGUACUCUUCAAUCUCCUGGUGGCCAUCCUGGUAGAGGGCUUCCAGGCUGAGGGUGAUGCUAAUCGCUCCUACUCUGACGAGGACCAGAGUUCAUCCAACAUGGAGGAGUUUGACAAGCUCCCAGAGGGCCUGGACAGUAGCGGGGAUCUCAAGCUCUGCCCAAUACCUAUGACACCCAAUGGACAUCUGGACCCUAGCCUCCCCCUGGGUGGGCAUCUGGGUUCUGCUGGUGCCAUGGGCCCUGCCCCUCGUCUCUCACUGCAGCCAGACCCGGUACUGGUGGCCCUCGACUCCCGCAAAAGCAGUGUCAUGUCAUUGGGCAGGAUGAGCUACGAUCAGCGUUCCUUGUCCAGCUCCCGGAGCUCCUACUAUGGGCCCUGGGGACGUAGCGGGACCUGGGCCAGCCGCCGCUCCAGCUGGAACAGCCUGAAGCACAAGCCACCCUCAGCUGAGCACGAGUCCCUACUGUCGGGGGAGCAUGGUGGCAGCUGCGCCAGGGCCUGUGAGGGUGCCCGGGAGGAGGUGCCAUGCCGCACUGCACCCUUGCAUGCCCCGCAUGCCCACCAUGCUCACCAUGGACCCCACCUUGCACACCGUCACCGCCACCACCGCCGGACGCUGUCCCUCGAUACUAGAGACUCAGUGGACCUGGCAGAGCUGGUGCCCGUGGUGGGCGCUCACUCGCGGACUGUUUGGAGGGCAGCGGGCCAGGCUCCGGGGCAUGAGGAUUGCAAUGGCAGAAUGCCCAACAUCGCCAAGGAUGUCUUCACCAAGAUGGAUGACCGCCGCGACCGUGGGGAAGACGAGGAGGAGAUCGACUACACCCUGUGUUUCCGGGUCCGCAAGAUGAUCGAUGUCUACAAGCCUGACUGGUGUGAAGUCCGUGAGGACUGGUCCGUCUACCUCUUCUCCCCUGAGAACAAGUUCCGGAUCCUCUGUCAGACCAUCAUAGCUCACAAGCUCUUUGACUACGUGGUCUUGGCCUUCAUCUUCCUCAACUGCAUCACCAUUGCCCUGGAGAGGCCUCAGAUUGAAGCCGGGAGCACUGAGCGCAUCUUCCUCACGGUGUCUAACUACAUCUUCACAGCCAUCUUCGUGGGCGAGAUGACACUGAAGGUGGUUUCUCUGGGCCUGUACUUUGGCGAGCAGGCGUACUUACGCAGCAGCUGGAAUGUACUGGAUGGCUUCCUGGUCUUUGUGUCCAUCAUUGAUAUCGUGGUAUCUGUGGCCUCCGCGGGGGGAGCCAAGAUUCUGGGAGUCCUCCGGGUCCUGCGACUCCUACGCACCUUACGUCCUUUGAGGGUCAUUAGCCGGGCCCCUGGCUUGAAGCUGGUGGUAGAGACGCUCAUCUCCUCCCUUAAACCCAUCGGCAACAUUGUGCUCAUCUGCUGUGCCUUCUUCAUCAUCUUCGGCAUCCUGGGGGUGCAGCUGUUCAAGGGAAAGUUCUACCAUUGUCUGGGAGUGGACACCCGCAACAUCACCAACAGAUCUGACUGCGUGGCCGCCAACUAUCGCUGGGUGCAUCACAAGUACAACUUUGACAACCUGGGCCAGGCUCUGAUGUCCCUCUUUGUCUUGGCCUCCAAGGACGGCUGGGUGAACAUCAUGUAUAAUGGAUUGGAUGCUGUUGCCGUGGACCAGCAGCCUGUGACCAACCACAACCCCUGGAUGCUGCUGUACUUCAUCUCCUUCCUGCUCAUCGUCAGCUUCUUUGUGCUCAACAUGUUCGUGGGCGUGGUGGUGGAGAACUUCCACAAGUGCCGGCAGCACCAGGAGGCCGAAGAGGCCCGGAGGCGCGAGGAGAAGCGGCUAAGGCGCCUAGAGAAGAAGCGCCGUAAGGCCCAGAGGCUGCCCUACUAUGCCACCUACUGUCCCACAAGGCUGCUCAUCCACUCCAUGUGUACCAGCCACUACCUGGACAUCUUCAUCACCUUCAUCAUCUGCCUCAACGUGGUCACCAUGUCUCUGGAGCACUACAACCAGCCUACAUCCCUGGAGACAGCCCUCAAGUACUGCAACUACAUGUUUACCACUGUCUUUGUGCUGGAGGCUGUGCUGAAGCUGGUGGCAUUUGGCCUAAGGCGUUUCUUCAAGGACCGAUGGAACCAGCUGGACCUGGCCAUUGUGCUACUGUCUGUCAUGGGCAUUACACUGGAGGAGAUUGAGAUCAAUGCAGCUCUGCCCAUCAACCCCACCAUCAUCCGUAUCAUGCGUGUUCUGCGCAUCGCCCGGGUGUUGAAGCUGUUGAAGAUGGCCACAGGAAUGCGGGCCCUACUGGACACGGUGGUACAGGCUCUGCCCCAGGUGGGCAACCUGGGCCUCCUCUUCAUGCUUCUCUUCUUCAUCUAUGCUGCCUUGGGAGUGGAGCUCUUUGGGAAGCUGGUCUGCAACGAUGAGAACCCGUGUGAGGGCAUGAGCCGGCACGCUACCUUCGAGAACUUCGGCAUGGCCUUCCUCACACUCUUCCAGGUCUCCACAGGCGAUAACUGGAAUGGAAUCAUGAAGGACACUCUGCGAGACUGCACCCAUGAUGAGCGCAGCUGCCUCAGCAGCCUGCAGUUCGUGUCGCCGCUGUACUUCGUGAGCUUUGUGCUCACGGCUCAGUUCGUGCUCAUCAACGUGGUGGUAGCUGUGCUCAUGAAACAUCUGGAUGAUAGCAACAAGGAGGCCCAGGAGGACGCGGAGAUGGAUGCUGAAAUUGAGCUGGAGAUGGCCCAUGGCCUGGGCCCUGGCCCCAGUCCCGGCCCGUGUCCCUGUCCUGGCCCGAGGCUGCCCACUAACUCACCAGGAGCCCCCGGUCGUGGAUCAGGAGGGCCGGGCAUUGGGGGUGACUCCGAGGGUCACCUGUGCCGGCACUGCUACUCUCCAGCACAGGAGACCCUGUGGCUGGACAGCGUCUCUUUAAUCAUCAAGGACUCCUUGGAGGGGGAGCUGACCAUCAUUGACAACCUGUCUGGCUCCAUCUUCCACCACUACUCCUCACCUGCUGGCUGUGACAAGUGUCACCAUGACAAGCAAGAGGGACCUGUUGCUCAGCGCUCCAGGCCCAGGCUGCCCCAUCCCAGCCCCAGGGUGACCCGAGGCCACCACCUCCCCCUGCAGGUGCAGCUGGCUGAGACAGAGGCCUUCUCCCUGAACUCAGACAGGUCCUCGUCCAUCCUGCUGGGGGAUGACCUGAGUCUUGAGGACCCCACAGCCUGCCCACAGGGCCCUAAGGAGAGUAAGGGUGAGCUAGAGCCUCCGGAGGAGCCCUUGCAGGCAGGAGAUCUGGAUGAAUGCUUUUUCCCCUUUGCCAGUGCGCCAGUGUCUGCAGGCCCAGAGAGCCUGCAGUGCGAGAUGGAGGCCAUCCCGUUCAAUCCCGUCCAGUCCUGGCUCAAACACGAGAGCAGCCAAGCACCGAGUCCCUUCUCCCCAGAUGCCUCCAGCCCUCUCCUGCAGAUGCCUGCUGAGUUCUUCCACCCUGCUGUGUCUGCCAGCCAGAAGGGACAGGAACCGGGCAUGAGUGCAGGGACCCUGCCCAAGAUCGCCCUUCAGGGCUCCUGGGCAUCCCUGAGGUCUCCGAGUGUCAAUUGCACCCUCUUGCGUCAGGCUACUGUGAGUGACACAUCACUGGAUGCCAGCCCUAGCAGCUCAGCGGGCAGCCUGCAGACCACAUUGGAGGACAGUCUGACACUGAGUGACAGUCCCCGGCAUGCUCUGGGACCGCCGGUCCAGGUGCCAGGGCCAUGUGCUGGCCUGUCACCGGCCACCCGGCGCCGCCUCAGCCUAAGGGGCCGUGGCUUGUUUAGUCUGCGUGGGUUGAGAGCCCAUCAGCGCAGCCACAGCAGCGGGGGCUCCACCAGUCCUGGGUGCACCCACCACGACUCCAUGGACCCCUCUGAUGAGGAGGGCCGCGGGGGUGCAAGCGGUGGGGGUGCAGGCAGUGAGCACUCCGAGACCCUCAGCAGCCUAUCGCUCACGUCUCUCUUCUGUCCACCACCCACGCUGCCACCCCCGGGCCUCACCCCCGCCAGGAAGUUCAGCAGUACCAGCAGCCUCGCUGCUGGACCUGGCCGUCCUGGCACCACAGUCUCAGCCCGCGGCCUGGCCAGGAGCCCAUCAUGGGCUGCAGACCGCAGCAAGGACCCACCAGGUCAGGCCCCGCUGGCCUCAGGCUUGGGUUCCUCAGCACCUGAGCCACAGCCACCUCCUGGGGAGCUGGAGUCAACCGAUGCUGCAAGCAAGAGGAAAAGAUGAGGGGCCGCAGGGGCUGCGGGGGACCUGCCAGCUGCUGUCCGCCCGCCUGCCCCAUCUUGCCUUCUUUUACCUCAGGAGCCAGGGAGCAGACAGCAAUACUUUGUCCACACCUGGGAGUGGCAUAGGGGCCAGCCAGCGCCGGGCCACUGGGCAGGCGACUGAGGAGGGUCUGGGUUAGCUGAGGCUCAGAUGUGCGGCCCCAUCCGUGGCCCUUCCAGUGUAUAUGCAGAUAUAUACAUAUAUAUAUAUAGAGACAGACAUAUAUUUAUUUAUUUUUUUUACGGAGAGCUUAUGAAUUCCAGAAAGUGCUAAAGUUGAGGGUGCAGGCCAGGGCCCAGACGGUGGUCUCGUCUGUUGAUUAGGACACAGGCCUGCACAGCACAGAUGCUCCUGCUGUGGCUUCGGUGGCUGUAGUUUCGGGUAUCUCCCUCAGUUGAGAGCAGCUUGGGAGGACGUUCAGGGCCCAGGAGACAGAAGAGAAGCAAUUCAGGGUGCACUUUUUUUCCCUUUUAAAGAGGAGACGCUGCUAAGAUCCCCAGCCUCUACCCACAUGUCGGGGUUGUCAGUCUUGUCCCUCUGACUGUCGUAUUGUUGUGAAGUCUUUUGUAGACACUCUUGACACACAGACUUUCUUAGUUAGCCAGUUAGAUGUUCUCUUUAGAAAAACUGGGGGUGGGGUGGGAUUUUAGUCUUAUUUCUUAGAGCAGGGUUGGGGAACCGGGCAUUUCUGAAGCUGGGCAGGGGGCUCAGGAUUUGGGUCAAGUUUUGACCUCUGUGAGUAC